AUGGAUGCAGAUCAUUCAGACGAAAGGGAAGAAAAAGGAACAAGAAAAAACUUAUCAGUAGGUGAUGGAAAAGUACAGGAUAGAAGAUGGGAAGAAGAAAAAAUAAAAGGGGAUGAAGAUGUUUGUGAACAGGAAGGUAGCAAAAGGGGAGAUGACGAGGGGAAUAUUAUAAGUCAAGAAAAUCUUAACAUUUUAGAAUCCGACAUAAAUGAUAAUAAUGAUAAUGAUAAUAUGAUUACAUCUAAAAGUGCUUCAAAUGACAGUGAGAAUGAAGAAAAUGAUGGAGAAAAUCAUGAGAUAACGAAUCAGCAGCGGAGUGGUAGCAAUGAAGGUAAUAAUGACUGCGAUAGUAAUGAUGGAGAUAGUAGAGACGGCAUUAGUAACAACCAAAAGUGGAGCCAUAGGACUAAUAAUGACGUGUUCGAACAAGGUGAAAAUCAUUUUGAGUACAAAAAUGAUCAUGCUUCACUUUUAAAUGGUAAAGAGAAACGUUUCCCAAAUAAGAGUAGUAAACAGUUAGCUGAUGAUAAAACUAUUAGUGUAUUUUCGCAUCAGUCCAAUAAUGAGCACACUUCCAAAAAUAAUACCUUAACAGGUCAGGUAAAUCAAAUAAUGGAUAAAAAUAAUAAUGCAGAAGGGAAUAACGAUGACUUGAGUCCCUGUAACAAGGUUCUCUCUUCAGAUGAAAACUACUCAAAGGAUGAUGAAAAAAAAUGCAUAACACAUGAAAAGAUUAAUAUUACAGAAGAGAAGAAUAAUACAAAAGAGAUGAACACAAGUAAUAAUGUUUUUCUGGAUGAGUUUGAAGAAAAUAAUUUUUUUGAGAACGACUUUUCAAAUUUUCAAAAAGCUGAAGAAAAUGUAGAAGAAAAAACGCUAAUAGAUAUAUAUAAUGAAAUGAAAAAUUAUGAAGAAAAUUUUUUAAACAAUUUUGAGCGAACGUAUGAAAAUAUAGAGGAGGAAGAAAAAGAAGAAGGUCAUUUUAUAAAAAGUAAUGAAGACAAAGAAUCAUCAUUUGAUGUCGACUUUAAUAGCAUUGAGUCAAUAUCCUCUACUUUAAAUGGCGAAGGUGUUGAUAUGAUGAAUGAUAUACCAGUUGUACAGUGCUUACGUGAAAGUAUAAACUUUUUUGUAGAGGAACAAAAAAGACAGAAUAUUAAAAAAAAUAAAAAAAAUAAAAAAAACAAAAAUUAUUUAUCUCUUAAGAGUUAUAUGAACUCCCUUCCCCCAAAUGUUUACCAAAAAAUUUUUAAGGAGUACAAAAAAACAGUGUGCAAAUAA